AUGGCCGAAGCAAUUGCAUUCGACCUCGCCAUAGAUCUUAUUACUAAAUUGAGCUCCUUUACUCUCUCUCAAAUUGGACUGUGGUGGAAUGUCAAAGAUGACCUCGACGACCUCAAAAGUACUGUCUCUACGAUCAAAGCUGUGCUUCUUGACGCAGAAGAGCGAUCUGUGACCAGCCAUCUCGUCAAAGAUUGGCUUGAAAAGCUGAGAGAUGUACUUUAUGACGCUGACGACUUGCUCGAUGAUUUCUCUACCGAAGCUUUGCGGAAAGAUCUAUUGGGUGGGAACAAGCUGACGAAAGAGCUACGCCUUUUCUUCUCGAGCUCAAACCAGUUUGCUUACGGUCUCAAAAUGGGUCGGAAAAUGAAGGCCAUUAAGGCCAGGUUGAGUUCAAUUGGAAGUGAAGCCAGGGUGUUCAACUUGGUAGAGCGUGAUCGUCCCAUGAAAACCUCUUUCAUGACUAAAAAGAGGCAGCUAACGCACUCUUUUAAAGAAAAAAUAAUAGGGAGGGACGAUGAUAAAGCAGCUCUUCUAAAACUCGUGUUAGAGUUUGAAAGUGAAGAGACUGUUUACAUCAUUCCAAUUGUGGGGUUUGGAGGGUUAGGGAAGACUGCUUUGGCUCAGUUUGUCUAUAAUGAUGAAAUGGUCAAAAAUCAUUUUGAGUUGAUUAUGUGGGUGUGUGUUUCAGAUGUUUUUGAUGUCAAAAUAAUUGUAGAAAACAUUAUCAAAUCUGCAAGUGGCCAAGCACCAGAUCAAAAUCUCGAAAUGGACCAAUUGCAAAAACGACUUCGGGAAAAAAUUGGUGGGAAAAAAUAUUUGCUUGUUGUUAGAACAAAGUUAGCAGCAACAAUAUACAAACAACUAUAA